AUGGUGCACGACAUUGACGAUUCCGUAGUGCCCGGAUCAGUCUACCUCGUCGACGUCCAGGAGAAAACGACGAUUGUGCACGCAGGAACAGACAGUGCUAUUGUGCUCAGUCCGACGCCUUCGAAUGACAUCAACGAUCCCCUGAAUUGGAGUAGAGGUCGAAAGCUUCUGCAGGUCAUCUGCGUGAUGAUAUACACAAGUACAAUCGGUAUUGGGACGACUGUUCUGUACUCAAUCUUGCAGCCCAUCUCUAAUGAUACGGGGAUACCGCUUUCAACGCUAAAUGCAGGCACCGGAUACAUGUUUCUUUUCUUGGGCCGGGGCGCAUUGAUAAAUCAACCGCUUGCUCUUACCUUCGGAAAGCGUGGUAUAUACCUUAUUUCGGUCCUUGGCAAUACUGCCAUGUGUCUAUGGACGCCGUACAUCAAGACGGAAGGCCAGUGGAUCGCCAGCAAAAUUGUGCAAGGUUACCUCUGCACCCCUGUCGAAAGUCUGUGCGAAGUCAGCAUUGCAGAUAUAUUCUUCGCGCAUGAGCGUGGAACGUAUAUUGGAAUUUACACGCUCUUUCUCUUUGGGUCAAACUACUUUGCACCACUCAUUGCCGGCUUCAUUUAUGAUGGUCAGGGAUGGCAUUGGGUAAUGUACUGGGCUGCAAUCAUAAACUUCGGUUCCCUCAUAAUACUGUUUUUCUUCAUGGAAGAGACGAACUUCGUGCGCAAUACAAGCGAAGCGACAGAAGCUGUAGACUUGAAUACCAAAGCAAGUACUGAGAAAGAUGACAAGGCCUCAACUACGUCAUCCCCUGUCUCUUCUGGGGAUUUGACAGGCGUGCCCAAAACAUACUUACAACGGCUCCCUCUAUUUGGCGGGCGCUAUGCAUCAAACAAGCUGUUGCUCACGAUGACGUACCGCCCUAUAUUUCUGUUGCGCUUCCCUGUCAUUUUCUGGGCAGGAUUUCAAUAUGGAACAUGUCUUGUUUGGUAUAACGUCCUAAAUGCCACGUGCUCCUUGAUCCUCAGUGAACCACCUUACAACUUCAGAGCAAGCUCCGUCGGAUUGACAUACAUUGGACCUUUGAUUGGCAUGUUUAUAGGAACAUUCUACAGUGGGUGGGUGGGUGAUCGGUUUGCUGUGAAAUAUGCUCGUCGGACGCGUGGUAUCCGAGAACCAGAGCAUCGCCUUUGGCUCAUGGUUGUCUCACUUCUUUUGUGUCCAGCGUCUCUAAUCCUCUGGGGAGUUGGUGCGUCCAAGGGCAUCAGCUGGGUUGGCCUCGUCUUCGGCAUGGGCAUUAUUUCUUGCUCGACUGGCAUUGGCUCUGCACUCUCUAUAGGCUACGCCCUGGAUUCAUACAAAGAUUUGAGUGGGGAGGUGAUGAUGGCUGUGAUCCUCGUUCGCAACACACUUUCAUUUGCUAUUGGAUAUGGGAUCACCCCUUGGCUCCACAUGGGCUACCAGAACACAUUCAUAUCUGCAGCCUUCGUCGGGCUUGCCGUUACAAUGACUUUCCUCAUUGUUAUCAAGUGGGGAAAGAGUUGGCGAAUAGCGAGUCGCAAAAGAUAUUGGGGAUACGUUGCUGAUGGUACCCUUGGGCAUUAGUCACGUUGGCGAGUUGAUCCUUGACAUGUCUAACCAUGUCCUUGUCAUAUUGCGCAGAACAUCGAGCAAGUCGCAAAAAGUUUCUAUCGGAAGGUAAAGACACCUCUGGUGGACGAUGUGGCAUGUCGAGUUAUUGCUUUUUUGUGAAAGUCAAGCAUCGUUUGAGCUGUCGCAGACGAAACAAAUUCGAAUCUUCAUGGAUAUACGCUGAGAGCUGAAUCAUCCGCUUCAUUUUCAAAGGCAUCGCAAUGUUCCACACACGAAUAUUCCAGGUGGGUGGUACCAACAAGUCGUCAUCCCUAGUAUGUGUUGCUUAUCGCGCGUUGAUCCCGCGGUCGCCCGCGUGAUUGAUAUCGCCCUCGACAUUAAGACGUGCCUGACAUCAACGCUGGCUGUCACAUAGGUCCUCACAUUGCCUUUAAUUGGUUUGGACAUCGCACUGCCCCCGAUGCGCCGACGUGUCUGGAACAGCGUC